GAGGAGCACCAACCUCAACCGCUGGUGCUGGUGCUGGACUGGACACCUCCUUUCUUCACCUCGCCGUCAAGCCCAGGUCUCCCUCUCCGUGCUGGACUAGUAGUAUAUACCCAACUCACGCGCUCUCCUCCUUGCCCCCCAACUUGCCUAACCAAACCUCCACCCCUACCAGCCCCAAGCCAGAUCUCCACCCAUCGCGCCGGAGCCAUGGCGUUCGACGCCUUCACCGACAAGACCGCCGUCUUCCGCCGCCUCAAGGCCAAGCCCGAGAACAAGAUGUGCUUCGACUGCAACGCCAAGAACCCCACCUGGGCCUCCGUCACCUACGGCAUCUUCCUCUGCCUCGACUGCUCCGCCUUCCACCGCAGCCUCGGAGUACACAUCACAUUCGUCAGGUCAACGAACCUGGACUCAUGGACUCCGGAUCAGCUAAAGAUGAUGGCUUUUGGAGGCAACAAUCGUGCACAUGCCUUCUUUAAACAGCAUGGGUGGACAGAGGGCAGUGGCAAAGUCGAUUCAAAGUACACAUCAAGGGCUGCUGAAUUAUACAGGCAGAUACUGCAAAAGGAAGUUGCUAAGAGCUCCACCGUCAACGUCUUGCCAUCAUCCCCUGUUGCAGCGUCUCAACCAGCUAACCCGUCCGACGACUUCCCUGAUUUCAAGCUUGCUGAUGUACCAGAAGAGAAUGCCAACGGGAAGCAUGAACAUGUCGUCACCAAUCCACCAAAAGAGCCUGCCCAGGCACCAAAAGUCCCGACACACCCCACUUAUGUCAGUUCUGUAAAGAAGCCCCUUGGUGCAAAGAAGCUUGGUGCCAAGACUGGAGGACUUGGUGUAAAAAAGCUCACUACAAAGUCAAAUGAAAGCCUGUAUGAUCAGAAACCUGAAGAGCCGAAACCUGUUUUACCAACAAUGACGACUACUUCAGCUGCAAAAAGUGGCCCAUCCUCGCAUUCACGUUUUCAGUAUGUGGAAAAUGAGACAUCAACUGAGUCAAAAACUGGAGGAGGCAACAAGACUGGCCAUGUAGCAGCACCAAAAACCUCAGACUUCUUUCACGAGUAUGGAAUGGAUAAUGGCUUCCAAAGGAAAACAAACGCAGCUGCCUCAAAGACUCAGAUAGAGGAAACUGAUGAAGCAAGGAAGAAAUUUUCGAAUGCGAAAGCAAUUUCAUCAUCACAAUAUUUUGGGAACACAGACAGAGAACAAAAGGAGGCUCAGUUAUCUCUACAGAAAUUUUCGGGUUCAUCAUCCAUAUCAAGCGCUGAUCUGUUUGGCCGUGAUACAAAUGAUUCUGAUCUGGACGCAAGUGCUGCAGAUCUCAUCAACAGAAUAUCUUUCCAGGCUUCUCAGGAUUUAUCAUCUCUCAAGAACAUGGCCGGAGAAACCGGAAAGAAGCUGACAUCUUUUGCCUCGAAUUUCAUCACCGACCUCGACAGAAUUCUGUGAGGUGUUGAUUGGCUGAAAUUGUGGGUGUUUCUCUGCACGCGGAAGUACUGCUCCGAAUCGCAGGGCAUCUCCGAGUGACUCAAGCAUUUCUUGCACAGCUAUGUAGAGAAUAUUAGGGGGUUGUUACUACUAUCAUGAAUGUGUAUCAUUCACAUUGAUCGAAAUCUUGUUACAAUGAAAAUAUUUUUGCUAUUCAUUUCAUGACAAUAGACAAAACACAUAUGAUUUUGUACUUA